GAUCUCGAUAAAGCGCGGCAGCGGUCUCACCGCUCUCGGUCUGGUGUACUUCAUGAGCUUGUUCGAGCUGCUGAACGUGUGCGCGCUGUUCACCGGCGCGGGCGCACGCUUCCGCCGCAAGUACCGGCUCAGCGCGGGCGACGUGCUCGACAUCACUAACAAGUUGGUGUCGGCAGUGCAGGCGGCGCUGUCGGUGCUGACGGGCGCGGUAGUGUGCGCGUGGUCGUGCACGCGGGACUUCAUGCGCUCCUCCCACUACAUGUCCGAGGCCUACGCGUGGUUCGGCGCCGCCUACUUCUUCUACGACAUAUGGUCUAUGUACAUGGUACACGUCCAAAUGAUAGCCAAUCCAGACGCUAAAAAAGACAAGACCCAUCAAACAGAGAAACCAGAAAAACCGGAGAAGGUGGAGAAGCAGAUCUGUAAGAAUGGCGAGGGGCUGCUCUCGUCAGGGGACGGGCAGGUCACAGAGGGUCCAGGCGAGGCGCGGGUGGGUUCAGGAGUCACGAAGCCAACGUUCGCGCAAUACUGCAGGCACGAGCCUGUUAUAUUGAUGCACCAUCUGUUUAUAGGCGGGUUCGGGUUCCUUGUUAUUGUGUACUUCCGUGGUUCGUUCGGCGACUGCACGUUCGGGUUCGUGUACCUGAUGGAGCUGUCGACGCCGUUCGUGUCGGCGCGCGGCAUCCUCUCGCGGCUGCGGCUGAAGGCGUCGCGCGCCUACCUGCUCAACGGCCUGCUCAUGCUCGCCACGUUCUUCGUGUGCCGCGUGGCCAGUCUGCCCUACGUGUGCCUCAUGUACAGCCGCGAGCUCGGCCUGCCUUACUUCGAGGCAAUAAAAUCUCUCCCGACCGGCUGCAAAGUAUCUAUCUGCAUCCUCCUGUUACCCCAGCUGUACUGGUUCUACCUGAUGAGCGCGGGCGCACUGAAGAUGUUCCUCGGCUCGGCCAAGCCCAAGAGCGCCAACUCGCUGAACUGCAACAAGUCCGCCGGCGACGCCGAGCGAGUGGACCGCGCCGACGCGGCCGAGCUCGCCGACAAGCGCAGUUGAUACCGACGCCGCACUCGACGGAACCGGAAACCAAAGUCUUAGGCCGCAGGUCAGGGCUGUGUCUACUGUACCGGCUUUGUAACACUAAUAUACAUCUACCCACGUAUGUCUUCUGUCGAGCGAUUGCGAUCGCUAUCUUUACUUGUCUUAAAUCGGUAUCUUCGGAUUGGUCGGGGAGGACCAAUCAGAAUGUGGUAUGUUUGACAUGAUUAUGGAUGAGUUGUUUUGAUUGGUCUGUUCUGGACCGAUCUGAAGUUAGCGAUUUGUAGCGGCCGUAUAUUAUCGUAAUGUGUUUCCGUUUUGUAUCUAUAGUAUGCCAUACAUAGCUUAGUUAGGUGGGGCAUAAUUGAUAGUCUUUAUUUUUAAUUUUCUUGUAAAGUGGGUAGAUGUUUACAUUUCUGUUAUCAAGCGUGUGAUUGCAUUUUAAAGUAUUGGGGUAUCUGGAUGCAAAGGCGAGUUUCUAUCUAUUCGCUUGCGUUCAUGUCUUUAGAUUUGUGUAGAAUAAAUAUAACACCAUCUAGUGUCUAUAAUAUGAAAUUGAUACUCUCUAAUAUAAAUACGAAUAAUUAAACAUGUCUGGUAUGUUUUAUCAACAUUUUAUUUUCUUAUUCGCUUACUCUUUUAGUUUUAUUUUAUGUUUUACUGGAGACUAUUAUAUUACACAUAUUAACAAAUAUCUAUUCGGUGUAUAAAUAAUGUGUGAACAUAUUUUGUGAAAUAUAUGAAAACUCUGUUAUAUGUCAUAAACAUUUGACGUUUAGUACCUUUCCUAACCAUUGCAUGCUUAACAUGUUAGCCGGCUAACAUGUCAGGUACGCAUAUCUCGGGGAAAAAAAACUUAUUAUUUAUUUUAUAUUUUAUUAUUAUUAUUAUUAUUUAUUAUUAUAAUAAGGUUAUUUUUUGUGACACGUGUAACUGUCAUGUUAGCCGGCUUACAUGUCAAGCAUGCAUGGGUUUACAAGCUAUGCACCCAGAUACCCCAAUACCAGGUACUGACAUUAGAACUACCCUCAAAUCUAGUAACGCCAAGUCAGUGACUGUAGACAGUAGAUGGCAUGACGCUUACAACGCGACCGCUCCGUGUCGGAGCUUGUCCACUGCACGGCCUAUGUAACAAUAUACAACUACCCACAUAUAAAUACGCGCAAUUUAAUUUGGAAAAAUAUGUUUUCAUUUUACAACUAGUUUUUUCUCGCCGUGAAAGUUUUCCGGGAUAAAAGUCCCUCUAUAUAUUUUCCCGGAAUAGAAAGUAGCCUAUAACCUUCCCAGGGUCUUAAACUAUCUCCAUACCAAAUUUCAUAAAAAUCCGUUCAGUAUUUUUUGAGAAAAUCGAUAACAUACAGACAGACAGAAAAGGAGGCUUUGUUUUAUAAUAUGUAUAGAUAUAUUCGAUUAAGUUAAAUAAAACGAACUAUAACGUAUGGCGGAUUUCGAUAAAAUCUUAAAUAUUAACUGCCGUUUUGUGGCAAACAAAAUAACUCAUUUGUAAGCUUGUGAAAUAAAGCUUAUUUUAAUUGGUUCAUUUUCGCCAUCGAUAUGAAGGUAGCCACUGUUAUGCGAAUGAACUCGUACCUAACUUCACACCUAGUUAAAUUGCGCGUAUUAUACUCUUUAACUUCAAGAUCUGCCUUCCCAAGUGGAUAUGAAUUAUAAGCAUCAUUUCCCACAAAAUCUCGACGUGGAUUUUAAUAAUUAUUAAUGAUUGUCGUUAAUGUUAUAUAGGCUGUGAUACGUUUUAGAAUAUAUAUAUUUAUUUAUUAGCGGAUUAUGACUGUGACUUUUAAAGCAUUAAUUGCUAUCGGUUACACAACAGGCUUGUUUAUUUUACAUAUAAAUAUAUGAAAUACGCAUUUUAAACUAAUUGUGUUUUAACAACGGUUAAUAAGGUGUAUUUUGGAUUGAGACAAAUGCAUUGCAAUGUUAGUUUAAUAGAUUUAAUAUAGCAUCAUAAGUCGACAGCAAUUAAUUUGGUAUCACGGCAAAGUCGUUUUUAAUGUUUCAUAAUUCAAACAUAAAUGUUAAUUUUGUGUGCGGUUCCGCCCGUGUUCCCGGAAUAAUUCCAUCAUAAUGGCUAUCGUAAGUGUCGCUUUCCAAAAUCAGCCAGAGUAUAUUCGACACAGGCCUUCUAACCCCAAUUAUUUCAUAGUCUGCCGCUUUCCGGGAUCAGUCUGAAUAUAUCCGAUAUCUACCAAACUUAAUUACUUCAUAGCCUAUUCUGCUAUAAACAACUGUCAUAUGGUUUCCUGGCAGAAUAUUUGUAUCCGAUUUGUCACUACACAAGGCGUAAAACUUCAUAGUGGCCCAUGUGGGUCGCGUUCCGGGAUCAGCCUGUGUAUACCCGGUUCAAACAGGCCGGCAUAAUUGUAUAGACUAGUGGAAUUAACAUCUCCAGUCAGUCGAUACUAUCUCCACUCCACUUACCAUCAGAUGUAAUGGGUUCACUCGGACCGGUAUAUACGGUCUCACAUUCGAGAGACCUGCCACCAGUGAACGUUUUCAGAGAUGUCAAGUUAAUUGUCGUGGACGGUAAUCUAUACAAAUAUUAGAAUCUAGAUAUUUUGUAGCUUUUCAUUUAUAUCGCGGUCAAUACAGUCAUUAUUUUAGGAAUCUCUUAUUUAUAUGUUAAGUGGAUGGGCAGCUCCCAGUGUGAGCCUUCGAUGGCCUUGGUGUUUCCAUAUUAUAAUGUAAUUAAAAUUCAUAGUUCCAAUAUAUUUAUAGGUGUAACGCACAGAAAAAUGUUUGUUAAUGAGCUUUCAAUGGCGAAAAUUUGAGUCAUUGGCCUUAUUUAGCAGAGAUAAAAAUUUGGUGUAGGGGAAAAGUAAUGCCCCUUUUCACUGACUAUAGGAAUUAUCUAACGAGGAGGACAAUUAAUUACUAAGUAAACUAAAGUUAUAAUCUAAAUUUCUAGGAUUGGCCAGCUUUGAAACAUAUUUUCAAUUAACAGACUAGAUUUGGAAAAGGAAAUGAUUCCCACUACAAAAAUCUCAAUCACUGUAGCCAUAUGUGUGAUGCCAGCGCCAUCUGAGUAAAAAAAUCAUAGUAAAUAUUGAAAUGUUACCCAAGGGAGUAAAUUACCAAGAUAAAAAGUAGUCUAUAUGGUAAUCCAGUUCAUAGUGUAAAUUUGUUCAGCGAUUUCUAACAAAUUAACAUUUCCAUGAAGCAUUCGCAUUUAUAAUUAUAAUAUUAUAAGACGAGAGAACGAAUAAUGACAAUUUUUAAGUUGUCUAGUAGCGACUUUCCCGCCCUCACACCCACCACUACAACUCCUGUAAGCCAGGGUCAGCAGUGGCACUUUAUGACAUCGAGCGGUGAAGCUCGGCGAGUCUCAGGGAACACUAAUUUGUUAUUAUCCAAGUUGCCUAGUAAAACUGUGUUGGGGAAACGAAUUGCAAAAUAUCUCCUUGCGUUAGAUGUAAUCUAAUGAAACCUUAUGUUCGUUGUUGGUGAAAACGGGCAUACAUUUUAGAAAUAAUGUUUAAAUUUUUAAUAUUGAAAGCUCAUGGUCAUUGUGUGACUUAAAACAAAAUUUUAAACAGGCGCUCUGAUCGCCAUUUUUAAAUUAAAUUAUAUUAAAAUGCCUUCCAUACCUUUUCGAGAUUGUUUCAGGCUAAAUUGUUGACUCAAGGCAGCUUUGUUAUCCAUUUAUUUGGUAAUAAAAUAUAAUAUUUUUUAGUGUUACCAUGAUUUUACUCGCGGGAAAAUUUUAGAAUAAAGGUAACGAUUAAGGGUUGUUUCCACUGGCGAGAUUCGCGCGAUAUCGAUUUUGUUUAUAUGAGUAAGCUUUAUACGUUCCACAUGUACAGGGGCAUCUUAACUGUUAUGCCAAGCGUGUAUUCUAUGGCGUGUAAAUCGGCUUAUUUCCUUUAUAAAGUGCAGUUUUAACACAGCCUAGGUGUAUUUAUACUAAGGUAGCAUCCGAGUACCGAUAUACUUUGUACUCGAUCUGAUGCUCUUCACAAAAAGUGUUGGUUUCGAUUUUGCUGUGAGACUUACCGCUACACUAUCCCAAUUGCUUUUGCGAUCUAUCUCCAAAAAGGACCAAUCGGAACAAGGUUUUUUCUGGCAAACAUACGAAUAAGAAGUUAUUUGGAUUGGUUCAUUCUCGGAAUCGGAUUGAAGGUGAGAUUGGGAUCGUUUAUUGAAAAUGUCUGUAAAAGUGGUAGCUGAUACAUACGGCAUAGAUUUAUUAGUGCGUGAUGAGGGUUGUUAUAAAGAUAUAUAUGUAUAUUUAUUUCUUUAUUUCGUUGAUUGAAAUUUAUUUAUUAUUUAAAUAAAUGACAUUACUACCGCCGCGAUUAACUCGAUUGUGGAACGACCCCUUAUUAAGCAUUUAAAGAGACGAAAUAAUUUCGAAUGUUCAUAUAGCUUUACAUGUUGCUUUUAAAUUAUAAUGUCUUGUCUCCUUCCAUUUUUACUAAAAACGUUUACUGGUCAAGUAUUUAUGGUUAUAUUUAUAGAGAAAAAUAAUUGGUACGAUGUAUUGCUUGAUGGUUGAAAUUGUUUUUGUCGGCUCUAUAAAACUGUCUUGCAGAAAUAAUAAUACGCUCCAUAUUUCAAGAUUCAAGGUUAUUUCUAUUUAUAAGUCUGGUAUUUUGGGUAACGUUCAGCUCUUCUUCUUAAAUAUUCCUAUUUAUCACUUCCAAAAGUCUUAUAUAAUUUUAAUAUCUUUACAUAAUUACAAUAAUAAUGAAA